CUCUCCCUGCCGGGCGGCUCUUCGACUAGAGCUGAGAAAGGAGCGCUUCCCCGGACUCGGCUCGGCUCCGAGGCUCCGAAGCCGACGCCGCCAGCUCAGCUCCGGGGGCGGGAGCAGAACUGCCCGCGCAGCCCGCACAUAGGAGCCGCCGAGCCCGAACGACUCAUGGGACGCCCCCGGGGGCUCUCUCCGUGCCCGGCUGCAGCGUCCCGGUCCUAGGCGCCCGGGCUCCACGGCCCACCCCGCCCGCAGCCCGCGGCCUGUCUGGAGAGGAGUAUGAGGCCCGGGGCCCCGCGGACGCCGGCCACGGGGCGGCAGGGGCCUAGCUGCGGAGCCCCGCGCCCGAGGGCGGCGGGUAAGGAGCCGCGGGAGCCGGCGAGGCGUCGGGGCGCGGAGAGAAGCGCCCCUGCCCGGGCACCCGCUGGGCCGCAAGACUCGCGUGUGGCCUGAGCGCCCGGGAGGAGGCGGAGGUGCCCCUCCGUCCGGGCUCUGGGAAGGCGGCGAGGGGCUCCGCGGCGGCCCCGGACCCCUGGCCACCAUCCUCACGCUCCUGCUCCCGCCGGGGGGAUGUCGCGGCCCGGGCCCCGAGCGCCGCCUCGGCCCCGGGGCUGAGCUCCGGACCAUGUCCUCCCGCAGCCCCCGGCCCCCGCCCCGCCGUAGCCGCCGCCGCCUGCCGCGCCCCUCCUGCUGCUGCUGCUGCUGCCGCCGCUCGCACCUCAACGAGGACACCGGCCGCUUCGUGCUGCUGGCGGCGCUCAUCGGCCUCUACCUGGUGGCGGGUGCCACAGUCUUCUCGGCGCUCGAGAGCCCCGGCGAGGCGGAGGCGCGGGCGCGCUGGGGCGCCACGCUGCGCAACUUCAGCGCUGCGCACGGCGUGGCCGAGCCGGAGCUGCGCGCCUUUCUCCGGCACUACGAGGCCGCGCUGGCCGCCGGCGUCCGCGCCGACGCGCUGCGCCCGCGCUGGGACUUCCCGGGCGCCUUCUACUUCGUGGGCACCGUGGUGUCAACCAUAGGUUUCGGCAUGACCACCCCUGCGACGGUGGGCGGGAAGGCCUUCCUCAUUGCCUACGGACUGUUCGGCUGCGCCGGGACCAUCCUGUUCUUCAACCUCUUCCUGGAGCGCAUCAUCUCGCUGCUGGCCUUCAUCAUGCGCGCCUGCCGGGAGCGCCAGCUGCGCCGCAGCGGCCUACUGCCCGCCACCUUCCGCCGCGGGUCCGCGCUCUCGGAGGCCGACAGCCUGGCGGGCUGGAAGCCCUCGGUGUACCACGUGCUGCUCAUCCUGGGCCUGUUCGCCGUGCUGCUGUCGUGCUGCGCCUCGGCCAUGUACACCAGCGUGGAAGGCUGGGACUACGUGGACUCGCUCUACUUCUGCUUCGUCACCUUCAGCACCAUCGGCUUCGGGGACCUGGUGAGCAGCCAGCACGCCGCCUACCGGAACCAGGGGCUCUACCGCCUGGGCAACUUCCUCUUCAUCCUGCUCGGCGUGUGCUGCAUCUACUCGCUCUUCAAUGUCAUCUCCAUCCUCAUCAAGCAGGUGCUCAACUGGAUGCUGCGCAAGCUGAGCUGCCGCUGCUGCGCGCGCUGCUGCCCGGCGCCCGGCGCGCCCCUGUCCCGGCGCAACGCCAUCACCCCGGGCUCCCGGCUGCGCCGCCGCCUGGCCGCGCUCGGCGCCGACCCCGCGGCCCGCGACAGCGACGCCGAAGGCCGCCGCCUCUCGGGCGAGCUCAUCUCCAUGCGCGACCUCACGGCCUCCAACAAGGUGUCGCUGGCGCUGCUGCAGAAGCAGCUGUCGGAGACUGCCAACGGCUACCCGCGCAGCGUGUGCGUCAACACGCGCCAGAACGGCUUCUCGGGCGGCGUGGGCGCGCUGGGCAUCAUGAACAACCGGCUGGCCGAGACCAGCGCCUCCAGGUAGACCGCCCGUCCGCCCGCGCUGGGACCCUCUCCAGGCCGCGGGGCCGCCGGGCAUGGUUUGCUUCCCUUCUCUCAGUCACUGCUGGCGCUUUCUUAAUCUUUAUCCAAUAAAAUGAAACAAAAAAAUUUUUUUAAAGAAA